CCAACGCAGUGGCAUUACUCAUAAAUUCUUGUUUAAGGGUUUAUAUAUUAAUAUAAAAAACAAAUCUUCUUUGGAUUCAUAGCAAAACAAACGACUCAAGAAAAUCUAUACUCUUCUGUUAAAUACGACAAAUAUAAUUCAGAAAAGAAAAAGAAGAGAAUGGGAAAGAAGAUGCUGAAUUUGGAAGAACAGUGUAAGAUAGUCAACAUGUUGAAAUCCUCAUCUGAACAAAAAUCAAUCGAAGAGGCUGUCACCGAAUUCUUUAGCAAUUCCAUGCUCCGCCAAUUUAAUGUCUGCUAUUCUCCCUCUCUUUUAUUGCAGGACAAAAUGAUGCUUAGUUCUACUGAGCGAUUGGUUGCAUUUGCUAUUCUUCACCGAAGCUAUUCAUCUCAAAAGUCUGCUGCAAACCCAUUUAUUUCUUUUCUUGUAAAUGCUGCAUGUGAUGAUGUAUCUGAAAAGUAUGAGAGGGCAUUUAUUCUCCAUUUGCUAGGCUCUGGCAACUCCAACAGCAGUACAGAGUUUCUUAAACAGUCUGCUUCAGAUUACAUCAAGAAUUUUGAUCCUUCAUCCCAAACUUUCCCACAACGAGAGCAGUUACAGCAACAAUAUUUUGAGAAAGUCCAUCCAGAACCAUACACUUGCUUAUUUAAAAAUACUGCAGUGAAAAAUAUGUUGGCCGAUCCUGAUGUUCCUUGUGAUUGUGAUGUAAAUUCAGCAGAGUUCGAUUUACAACCUGGAGGCAAAUCUAAACUUGGAUCUGGGGACAGAGAUGAAGCCUUAAGUGGAUUGGUAGCUAAUUUGUCAUUGGAGGGGUUAAUUCCACAUUGCGUGAGGCCUGUUCGACCUAGGUUCCCAGUGGAUGAGAAGGAGCUUGUGUGGCUCAACCCUGAUAACAAUCAUGAGCUUCAAUGGGAUCAAGGGAUGUGUGCUGAUACUAGCAGAGGAGCAGCAGUGAGAGACUUAAUUGCAAAGGCUUUGAAGGGAUCACUUGCACCCAAACAACAAGAGCAAGUCUUGGUGGAGCUGGCUAAUGACCCCAAGCUUGUCUAUCAUUGUGGAUUGACUCCAAGGAAGCUACCUGAAUUGGUGGAAAACAAUCCGCUUAUUGCUGUUGAGGUUCUGACCAAGUUGAUAAACUCUCCUGAAAUUGCUGAGUAUUUUACAGUUCUUGUUAACAUGGACACGAGUCUACACUCCAUGGAAGUUGUGAACAGGCUCACAACUGUGGUUGAACUUCCAAAGGAAUUUGUACGUAUGUACAUAACUAAUUGUAUAUCAUCCUGCGAGAACAUCAAGGACAAGUACAUGCAGAACAGACUUGUGCGACUUGUAUGUGUUUUCUUACAGAGUUUAAUCAGAAACAGAGUAAUUGAUGGUAGGUAUGGUAUUGCACUUUUAGUGAAAGAUGCUAUGUUAUUUGUCAUUUUGAUCUGUGUGUGCGUGCAUAGUGUUAAGGAUCUGUUUAUUGAAGUUCAAGCCUUCUGCAUUGAGUUUUCAAGGAUUAGAGAAGCGGCAGGUUUGUUUAGGCUUUUGAAGACCUUAGAAUAAGUGAUCCUUGUGUCUUUUCUAUUCCUCCUCCGUUUAAACUCAUUCCUACAGUGAGUGUAGAUAGUAUGGUCGUUGUCACCGUCUUCCUUUGGGAUCUUACUGCUCCCUUUAGCUUUUUCCAAAAGCCACAAAUUUCAAAUACUAACUGCACUUUGGUCUUUAAACAAAGAGGUGGUAUUCUAGCAAGCAUCUAUGGCAUAUACACACACAACUAUAAUGAAAAAGGGGGGUGGGGGGUUGGAAGGGGAUUGAUUUGAAUGUGUAUUUCACUUCACCUUCUGGUAGGCGAGUGAUGUUGAUUGGGAAUAUGCUUAUUAAACUGUAAGUAUAUAAUUUUUCAGAAGUUUUGGUCAUUUCAUCUGAAUACUGAAUCUAUGAUAAUGAUACUUUUUCCUAAAAUUGUCU